AACGUAGACACUUAUAUACUGCUUUAUAUUUUAUACAAUAACUUCCCCUUAUAUUUACGUAACACUAUAUUUACACUUCCUUGUUCAUUGAAGGUUAAGAAAAAGAUUUGUGUUUUAUAUUUGCAGGCUAGUAUCUACAGAUUUGCAUUAUGAGUGCGUUAUACGUCGGUUUGGGUUUAAGCGUGUAUACCUGGAUGUUAUGUUUGAUCAGUACCGUAUUACCGUAUUGGUCCUAUCUGAAGCAGGGACGGCAAACAAUCCAUGCUGGCCUUUGGACAAACUGUACAGUGAGAAAUGACAAAACAAAUUGCGUUGUACCGUCAGAAGGUUGGAUUCACGCAGUUCAGGCUUUGAUGAUACUGGCUACACUAGCACUGUUUAUUUCUAUGGUAUUUGGAGGUCGAACUCUGGGCGAUGUAUCAAGAAAAAAGAGCGCCUUUGCAUCUAUAGUCACUGCUUUGAUUGGAGGAUUUCUGGUGUUGUCUGCUGUUAUCGUGUUUAGUGAGAAAAACAAACACAGCAACACGACAAACAGCGCUGGUUUCGCCCUCGCUAUCAUCACAGUUGUGACGUCAUUCAUCACGGCCGCGCUUUUCUUACUGUCGAGUAGGAAGGCUAACAGGGGUGGAUACUCGUACUCGUCUAUUGGAGAUUAGGUAGAUCUACUGAUGAAAAAGAAAAAAAGACAAUUUUUUUAUCAAAGUUAAAGGAGCUCCACUGAGGUUUAUAAGCCUUAAAACAUAAAAUUUUGAUUUUUCACAUAGAUAAACAUGAGCACUUAAAACAGAAAUAUAAAUGAAAUAUAACCAAGAAAUAUUCUAGAAAUAGAUUGAAAAUCAUAAUUAUGGUUGUGCUAUUCUCAGUCCGAUUUGAGUGAAAAGCGUUUAAACGCUUUUCAAUUUUGGUCAUUUUUCACUAUAAUAAUUAUUAUUCUGGAAAAACGGAGCGAGCUAAUGAUCUGAAAUUUUGCACAUAAGUUAUUAGUAUAGAUUUACAUGAAGUGAAGUAAUAAUCUCAAAAAAAUAUUUCCAGUCCCAUCAUGUCAAAAAAUCUCAGUGGAGUCCCUUUAAAGUUUAUUUUCGCUCAUUGAAUCAUACAUGAUACAAACAUGAGGUAUAUAAUACAGAAAUCGUUUUUUUUCUCCUUCUAAAACAUUACAUAGCAACUCAUAAAAGAGAAUUAUCAUAAUACAUAAAUUGUUUAUUCAUUUUUUUGAUAACGUUUCCAAGUUUAUCAUUUUGUUAUCAUUGUUAUGAAAUGUAGUAUUAGGAAUGUAUAAAAAUCAACAUAUUUUUAGUUUAUUCAAAUGAUAAAUACUGACACAUUUUUUUGUGAAAAACUAUAUACAUGCAGAUACUUGUACGUUCAAUCAAUGAUAGGCCUAUGAUUUUUGCAGUUAACAUAUUCUGUACAUAGAUUUUUAGAUCUACGGUGAGUCAACUUACUUUUGUGGAUAUUUCAAAUAUUUACAAAUUUUGCUGUACCUUUUAUCUCUUUAGUUUUUUAACAAUUACAUUUGAAAAUAUUUAUUUACGUAUACAAAUAAAUGUAUACGAAUUAAGACUUCAACAGAGCUAUACCUUUAAUAAUGGUAGCGAAAAAUGAAAUAAAAAAAACCCUAUUGUUUUUCAUAUCUGGAGAUAGUUUUUAUUAAAAAAUCUAUGUUUUUUAACGAAUAUUAUGACAAACUGGUCUACAACAUUCACAAUCUAAAUAUUCUAUUGCGAUUUUAGUAGGUUUAGCCAUUCCUAUUUAUUUCAAUUAAGGAUUGGUAUGAUUUUUUUAUCGAGAAACAUACAAUUAAUUUGCACAUUAUGGACGCUCAUAUUAUUGUGAAACAUUUAUACAUUAUUAUCAUCACUCCUCGUUAUUCAUUUUACUACCAUGUGAUAUGUUGUUUUACAUGAAAAGGGUCAACUCAAACCUGUGGUCCGACCCUUUUGCUUUUCAUGAACAACUGCAGCAUCUAUAAAAAUACUGUACAUUUAUUUGAUAAUGUAUUGUCUUAUGUUUGCAUGUAUACAUGUGUACAUUGUAUCUGUUUUUGUAUAGAAAGAAAAAAAAGCAAUAAAAUAUGAUGAAACAGUUUUACAUUUUCCUUCAUGUGACUAUGGGAGUGAUGGAAUUUAAUAAACGAACAGGGGCAUAUUCUCUGUUCAUAAUAUUUGUA